AUGACAUACCGGGGCUCAUUGCCUUCGGGGCAGGCCUUUAAUGGCCAGCAGCACCUUCCCCAGACGUACAGCGACCCUUACGGCAAUGGCAACAGCAAUGGCAACCCCAACGGACCGAACCCACCCUAUCCGAAUGCUGCGUAUGGCGGCAUCGGGCAGGCGCCAACACCUCACGGCAACUUCCAUCCAUCGCCCGUUCCUACCUCCGCCAUCCCUCCUGUUCCUGCGCCGAUGAAUAUGCAUGCGAACGGCUAUGGACAGUAUCCUACUUACGGCGGCAACUUCCCGCAGCAGCAGCACCAGCAGCCGGCGCCACUGCCGCAUUACCCCCACCACCAGACCCAACAACCCUUCGUCCACAGCAAUGUGAUGAACUCGCCUUUUGUGUCUCCUCAUAUCCCUCACGCUUCGUUUCCUCAGAAUACCCAAGCCAUACGGUCACCCGCCCUUGCUGUCGCACCCGCGCCGACACCGCCGACACCAACGUAUACCGAAUACCAGCCGCAACCGCCGCAUCAACUGCACCAACAGCCCCAAUAUCAGCCGCAUUUCCAACAACCAAUUCAUCCGCAGCCACGACCUCAGGUUCAACAGUCACCGCGUCAGCAGCACGUUCAACCCCCGCAGCCAGCCCCUCAAUAUGCCCAGUAUUCGCAACCGGCUAUGGGUCACAGUCCGAGUGUACCAGUCAUGAACCAAACCUUCGUCGAACCUUCUCAGGUACAGCUGAGUCCCGAGCCGAACCACGCGAACUCUCCUGUCGUCCAGCCGGCUAGGUCUCCUAGUCUAGCAAGGAAAUCGCCAGCAAUAUCAUCAAUGAAUUCGCCAGCUGUAUCAUCGAGGGGUUCGCCAGCUCUCUCUACGAAAGCGAGGUCGUACGAUACGACUGCAAUUCUUAUACAUGUGGCCGAAGAGUGCUUCGACAAGGCAAAGCGUGGCGUGCAAAAGGUUGCUGCGUCGCUGGCCGAGGAACAAGUGCGCGAAUAUCAAAAGCUGAUAACCACCGGACUGGCUUGCCUGGAGGCCGCUUUUCAGAGCAAUCGAUUGUCACCUAGACAGGAGGCUAGAGCACGACUGAGAUACGCAUCGAUUCUCUGUGACGAGACUGAGAACUUACAAGAGGCCGAGACGGCACUCAGCAAGGGCAUCACUAUUUGCGAGAAGCAUAGAUAUGCCGACCUUAAGUACUGUAUGCAAUACCUGUUGCUCAAAGUACUUUUUCAACGGAAUCAGAAAGCCGCUUUCAUUGCGAUUGACAAAAACAUAUCCGACUGCCUCACAUUCAAACAUUACCAAUGGGUUUACGCCUUUCGCCUGCUGAAGGCUACAUUCCAUGUCCAUGCUGGCAGUCCACCUGAUGCCGCUGUUCUAGAGAACCUUCGAGCCAUCGCCGUUCUGGCUAGCGAAAGAAAUGACCAUGCUAUGGUUGUUUUCGCAUCCCUUCUUGAAGGUUUGUCUGUGCUUAGAACAAUUCGACCAGACACCAUUGAGCGUGUGCAAACGUGCCUAGCUCAGGCCACGAAGUAUCAACUCGAUCCGUCAGUACAAAUACCGCAGUUAGAUAUCUUAACUCUGCUUCUGGAUCUCGCCUGCAGCAUGCACCAAAAGACUCCAGACAUUUUAAUUCACAAACUCAAGGCUUUGCAAUCAAAGUUGGACGAGAGUAUAGGCUCUUCGAAUGGGAGCGACUUGAAUCCCGAGAUUCUUAUUCCAAUUCAUAAACACUCAGCUACGUCCGCCACCAUUAGCGACGACACAAAUGCGAUUCUUCGAGCAGGGUCUUCAGAGCAUGAUUACGUGGUGAUGACUUUCCUAAACAAAUUGGAAAUUAUUGUUUUGACAUAUACUUUCAGCGGUCUGGCCGGCAUGUAUAGGCCCGGCUCAGAGUCUAGAAGAAGUCAUGAGUUCUGGAAGGAAGGGUUUGAAGUGUUGGCCAAGUGGAACAAAGAAGUAGCACCUAAUAUUUCUGGAUCAUCGCUUCAGCAGUCCAUUGAGAGUGCCAAGUGGAGGACGGAAAUAUUCUGUUACUUGCAAGUUCUUACCGGGUUGUACUUCGCAACUCACAGUCAAUGGUCCAAGGUUGAGCAGUGCGUCGCACAACUUCAGCAGGCCAUCACACCUGCUGUUAACGACAUUUUCAACCUGUUCUCGCUCUAUCUUUCAGGAGUUUAUCACCAAGGCACUGGUGAUCUGGAAACAGCUCUUAUUCUGUUUGAAGAUGAACGACUGAGCAUCACUGCGGGCCAAGGAGGCUUUGGUGGCAGAAAACCUGCGAAGUUGGAAUUGUGCAUACUUGCCGCUCUGAACCGAUUAUGGAUUCUGCAAGAUCUGUCGUAUCAAGAUCCAAUCACGUCUACUAAUCUUCUGGAUACGUUGCGACCAAUCUGCAUUGAACAUCAAGAUCCGGACAUUCGAACUGCGUUCAACCUCGUUCAAGCGACAGCACACACCAGUCCACCUCCAUCGAUGCAUCAGAUUAAGACCAGCAUAACAAACUCGUUGAAUGGUUCAAAGGUGACAGGCAAUACACAUUGCUUGGCUAUUGCCCUGAGCAUUAUGCGGUAUAAGCUGUUUGAUAACGUUGUUGGCGAACAGGCUCUUAAGAGCGCGAGAGCAGCCUCUACGCAGGCAAAGCGGAGUGGGAACUUGCUCUGGAUGAGUGUUGCGGAUGGCAUGUUGGCCGAUUCUUUCGAAGUCCAGGCAUUAUUUGCGGACGCAGAAGCAGCGCGCCAAACAGCAACGGAAUAUGCGUCAUACGCGUUGACAGGCAAGGAAUCGCAGCCCUCUUUUCAGAGCGUCGCCAUCGCGCGCGGCCGAGCCUACUCAGACGAUGCGAAAGCACCAGCUGCUCCCGAGACUGCGAACACGAAGCAGCCCGAACAGAAGACCGACCAGACUUCACGCGGAAGAUCUCCUCGCCGGCCUCGAGCAAAAUCCGUAACUGUGCCAAAGCCGAAGAAAAAGAAAACGAAAUCGCCCAAUGCGCUAAAGGAGGACCCCGAGACAGAUGAACAAGCAAAACCUGAAGAGCUUGUUGGCCCCGACGUUAUCAAACAUGUAUUCGAGUCCUUGAAGAGAAUCGAAGGCAGCUACGCCUCCAUCAACACAAGGUUGACAGAUCUGCAAGAGGAAGCCUUGAAAAAGACCACUGCGCAAGACGACGCUCCGCGAAAGCACGACCAGCCACUCAAACGUCAGACAGAAAAGCUUGGGACUAGACUCAAAAUACUCAAUGGCACUUUGGAUGUCCUGAAGAAUGUCCUGAAUACCCAACAGAUCCCUCUGGAUAGCCUGACGAAACGACAGAGUACUACGGAAUCCCCGCCGAAGGCCGCCGAUGCAAAACCAGCAAAGAAGUCGAAGGGCGCAACAUCGUCACCAAAGUCAACCGAUGCCACACAGGCUAAGACUACAGAGACAAAACCCUCCUCGAAGAAGGCUUCAAAGACAACAUCUAAGGAGGCAACUAAGGAGGCGUCUAAGGAGGCACCCACGGAGGCCUCUGCGGAGACGUCUACAGAGGCACCUACGGAGACAUCCAAGGAUGCUUCCAAGCAAUCAAAAGAGCUUGGCGUGUCCGAAGACGAAAGUCCGAAGGCUGAGAGUUGGACAACUUUGGCAGGUCGCAUGGGUCGCGGCGCUAAGGUGCCUGCUUUUGCGGCUGCAGUCGCCGCGGGUGCGUCUGCGGUAGGUGCUGCCAGCUCAUCCAAAGCGGCAUCAACCGACCCAGGAACCGCCCCAAAGCCAAAGAGGAAGAGCAAAGCCCCGGCCGUACCGCUAAAUGUCCAGACUAUACAAGGGAAUAGCCUCGAGCUAACGCCUAUUGAGAUUCCGGAUAUGCCUGAAGUGCCAAGGUUAUCCUAUGGACUGGACAGAGCCCUGUUCAACCCUGGAGUUUACCACAUGCAAGAUCCGCACUCCAAGGUCUACAACUUCGACCCGUACCUAGCGAACAUUAUGCCGAUCAACGAGUUCGACUUCAAUGCGCUCAAGAAGUAUGUCACGUCGUCGAAAGAUACCACUUUAUUCGCACUUGCUUCUAAGCUAGGCAAGAAGUAUUCAGGAUCAACAUCUAGCAUGACCGCAAUGCUAUCACAUUUCCAUUUCUUACUCUCUGCUUGGCGCCCGAUUAACGCAUCAACCAUGAGCAAGCAAUUCAACGCGGAUUCCGAAAAGUUUACCCAAAUUAUGAGGGCUCCAUCAGCUACGUUCCUUCAUCUUCGUGAUGGGGUUUAUGCCAUUGAUGCCGACAAAGAGUACGACUUUGGAAGCAUUUUAAGCAUGCUGGGAAAGUCUAUGGAAAAGCUUUUGACGGUGUCAAGAGACGAAUUUGAGAGGUAUCGACGAAAGAACUCAGAUCAAAUCUCGGAGGAAGAGCGCAAUGCCGAAGAGGCCUUUCAUUUCACGACUAUGGGAGACUUCCUCAUGCGUUCUCAACUGGACGCUUAUGAUCCACGCUUGCCUGGUACUGGCAUGUUUGAUCUAAAGACAAGAUCUGUGGUCUCCAUUCGUAUGGAUGCGCAGGGAUACCAGAAAGGACUUGGCUACGAAAUUCGCAAGCGAUUCGGACAAUGGGAAUCUUUUGAGCGCGAAUACUAUGAUAUGAUCAGGUCCACCAUGCUCAAGUACUCUCUGCAAGUACGUAUGGGACGAAUGGACGGCAUCUUUGUCGCCUAUCACAACACACAACGUAUUUUUGGAUUCCAAUACUUGAGCAUCAAUGAGAUGGAUCUGGCCCUUCAUGGAACCGAUAACCGAGCUCUUGGUGACCUAGAGUUCAAGCUAAGUCUGCACUUACUGAACAAGGUUCUUGACCGUGCCACUGCUCGAUUCCCUGGCCGAUCCAUUCGCCUUCACAUUGAAACUCGACCAACCGACCCCCCACUCAUGUAUAUCUUCGCAAAGCCUGUUACGCCAGAGGAGAUUGAGAAGAUUCAAUCUACUCAGCAGGUGAAGAUUGCCGAGUACGAGAGGAAGAUGCUCGGCCUCGUCGAAGAGGAAGCGAGUAGCCAGUCUACAGGGUUGGAGGCUGAAGAUGCCGAUUCGGAGGCUGAGCAGCCAGCCAGCGAGGAGCAAGACGCCGUUGGUGUAGAUGAGACCAGGAACCAGCAGCGGCAGACCCAGGCUUUCUGGGAGGAAAUGCAGGAGAAAGUGGAAGCGGCGAUUGAAGACGAUGCUCUCGGUGUUGACCAUGUUCGCGAGGCAAUUCAAGAUGCCCUCAAGCAGAGCGGGCUGCUGAAAGCGAGGACUCAGGAGGAAGCCCGAGGUUAUGUUGACGCCUUGCUUGAAGCUCUCACUCGCAAUCAAACAGACAACGAUGCGGAAGACCUUCAGAGGUCUGACGCAGCAAACGUUGAGACUGGUACUUUGGCAUUCAAGGUUGGCGAGGGAGGCGAGCUAAGCGUUGCGGAAGAGGAGAAACCGACUGCCAGCGACGGAACACUCAGCGAUGUAGCCCGAGUGAACGCUGAGGCAACUGAAGCGCAGAUGUUGCAGGAGUCGGGUGAGCCAUCUUCCGCAAGUGUGAAGAAGCAGGACUCUGAGGCACGUAGCCUUCGCGAUACUGGUCUCAAAGAGCUCAUUCUGCGCCUAGCCACAAGCGUAGAUGAGAAGCCCGAGCUCGAGGAGGUCGAGAGAGCUGAAGAAGAGACUGUAUCUGAUGUUUCGAAGCUUCGCACUUUUGGAAGAAUUCUGUCCGAACUUGUGGCCAAGUCGAAAGAAUCCGCAGGCGACUCGACUACUACGGCAGCGUCAGAGGUUGGAGAUGCAUCUGUGCCAUCUACCGAGGAUUCAGGACAGGCUGUCGAACGACCGGCAACGUCACCAAAGACAGACAAGACCUCGGAAAGCCAAACGGCAGGCCAGGAAACAAAGGAAGCGGAAGCAGCGGCGGAAGCAGAGGAGGGUUCUGACGAUGAAAUCAUUGGAAUGCACCUGACGGUGCGGAACAAGGUCAACGGACAGGAUGUGGUGCGGCCGAGCAGCAAUCAUGAUUGGUGGUCUUGGUCUCUAGAGUAUUCCCUUGAGGAACUACCGGAAGAACGGGCGCAGAGGAUAUACAAAGCAGUCAAGGCGAGACGACGGAAGGCGCUCAGCAAGGGAGACGACGAUAGGGAGGAGCAGUGGUACAGUAUGUUCAGCGGCAAACUGAAGUCAAUGAGCGACAACGGCCGCAAGUAUCGCGCGAAGAUGGACCAGUUGGCCAAGAAAGCGCCUGUCUAUGUCGUCGGUAGAGACGAGCCCAUGACGUGGGAGGAAGCCUUUGGCUACAAGGACCAGUGGACGCCGCCUCCGGAGGAGACGCCAGAGAAUAAGAAACAAAAGGGCCAAGGUGCGGAUGGCGAGAAGCCGGCGAGCAAAGACUCAUGA